UGCGCCAAAAACUGCACCAAAAUAAACAAAUAAACCCAAAACCAUGUCGGAUGUUGAAGAUGUACCCGAAACCCAGCUGGAAAUCGAUGUCAGCGAUGGAGCAGGAUUGGAGGAGGAGGAUGACGACGAUAUGGAGCAGAUCACAGCCCAGAAGGUUCUGGAGAUCCUGGAGACGGCCUGGAUCAAUGAGAUGUGUGCUCCCGAGAUCCUGCCCAGCCAGACGGACAUGCUGGAGCUGAUGGUCUCCCAGGUGGCCCACAUGGAGGAGCAGAUGCGGGACCUGGACAAGAACGACUUCCGGGCGGUGGUGCACUCCAUGGAGCUGGAGAGGGUGCGCUACAUAAUGGCCAGCUAUUUGCGGUGUCGCCUUCAGAAGAUCGAGACCUUCACGCAGCACAUCCUCAACCAGGAGGCGAGUCGCGAACCGGACGACAAGCGCCUGUCUCCGGAGGAGACAAAGUUCGCCCAGGAGUUCGCCGCCAAUGUGGAUGAGUACUUCCACAAGGUGGCCACCCAGUACAUGCCCAACCAGCAGAGGGGAGAGGCCGAGCAGAGGAUCGUCACGCCCAACCUGAUGAGCCAUGUCUUCCUCAAGGCCAAUGUGGCGGUGCCCGCCGUGAUCGUGGGCGUCGAUGAUGAGGAGGUGGACAUGGCCGCGGGUUCCCAGCACAUUAUUCCCUACCAACUAGUGGCCGACUUGAUACAGAACAACCAGGCGCAGUUAAUUUAAUAGGCUUAGUUAACAGGUAAAGUACAUUAUAAUAAAAAAAUCCAUAAAAAAUGAGUGCUAAGCUUAUGACAGGUCAAAUGGGGAACUUCCGUAGAGAUCUAUAAUUAAUUACAUUUUAUAUUAAUGCUUGAUGUGAGAGUUUUUGCAGUUUAUGAAGCAAAUCAUUAAAUUUGUUGCGAUCUACUUAAAAAAUUAUAUUUUCCAAGUCUAAAUGUAAAAAUGUAAAUUGUAAUACAACAAACGUAGCUUAAGGCCACAGUAGCUAUAGCUACAUUAAAAAGCAUAGGUUAUAGGUAAUUUCUCAAUUGCCUUUU